AUGCACAAUAGAAAGGCGGGUCAUACUCUUCCUGAACAAUCUAAAAAACAACACCUGACAGCAAGGAGUGGCCUCCUCCAGUCAAAUCUAUCUAACAUGAAUUCGUAUAACUUACUUCAGAUGGGCACAAGCCAAGAUGCUGCAAGGGAAGAAGGCAAAGGGGAGAAGGUAGCCCCAGCCCCUGCUGUUGUGAAGAAGCAGGAGGCCAAGAGGAUGGUCAAUUCCCUAUUUGAGAAACAGCCCAAGAAUUUUGGCAUUGGAAAAGACAUCCAGGCCAAAAGGGACGCCAAUUGCUUUGUCAAAUGGCCUGGCUACAUCUGGCUGCAGCAGCUAAGGGCUAUUCUCUAGAAACAUCUUAGAGUGCCUCCUACAUUUAACCAGUUCACCCAGGACUUGGACCACCAAGCAGCUACUCAACUGUUUAAGCUAGCCCACAAGUACAGACCAGAGACAAAGCAAGAGAAGCAGCAGAGAUUGUUGACCUUAGAUGAGAAGAAAGAUGCAGGCAAAGGGGAUGCCCCCACUAAGAGGCCACCUUUCCUUCGAGCUGGGGUUAACACUGUCACCACCUUGGUGGAAAACCAGAAGGCUCAGCUGGUAGUGAUAGCACAUGAUGUGGAUCCCAUUGAGCUGGUUGUCUUCCUGCCUGCCCUGUGUCAUAAGUUAGGGGUUCCCUGCUGCAUUAUCAAGGGGAAGGCCAAGCUAAGGCAUCUGGUCCACAGGAAGACCUGCAUCGUUGUCACCUUCACACAGGUUAACUGGGAAGACAAGAGAGCUCUGGCUAAGCUGGUUGAAGCCAUCAGGACCAAUUACAAUGACAGGUAUGACAAGAUCCACUGCCACUAGGGAGGCAAUGUCCUGGGUCCAAAGUGGGUGGCUCGCAUUGCCAAACUGCAAAAAGUGAAGGCUAAAGAACCGGCCACCAAACUGGGCUGAGUGGACGCUGUUGAAUUUUCUGUACAUAAAAGUAAUAAAAUGUUCUC